CUCAACCGAACAUUUUUUGAAAGACUCGUCAGAACUAAAAUCAUUAAACUAUGCAGUUCGGCGCAAAAUGAAGUGGCCAGAAGAAGAUUAUUGGACGAACUACAAAAAUUUAAUAAUUUAACAUGGAUGUAUAUAGAAGAAUAUCAGCACAAUCUAAGCAGUCUAAGCGUGAAUGAUAUUCUGCAAGACCUGAUAGAUCAAAAUAUCACUGGCAAUCAAAAACAUACGAUGUUUUGUCCUAAACGAAACGGAAUCUUUCACAUUAGCGCAAACAGUUUGAAGCCCUUUGCUGUUCUGUGUAAUUCGGAUAUAGCUGGUCCUGGUUGGAUGGUUGCUUUAAAACGUUCUGAUGGCGAAACAAAUUUCAUUCGUAAAUGGAAACAAUACCAAGAAGGAUUUGGUAACUUAUCUAGUGAAUUUUUCAUAGGAUUAGAAAAGUUGCAUGUGUUAACUUAUGAAAAGCCCCACGAAGUUUAUUUUUUUUUGGAAGAUUUCGAGGGUAACACACGAUAUGCUAGAUAUGACGACUUUUUAGUAAGCAACGAAACUUCAUUCUAUACAUUGGAGAAACUUGGCGAGUACAGCGGAGAUGCCGGUGACGCAAUGAGUCAUGUUGCCGGCCAGAGAUUUUACACUUUCGACAAUGACUCAGAAAGCCCUAGGUGCGCUGCACUGCGUGCUAGUGCUGGAUGGUUUAACAGCUGCACAAAAUGUAAUCUUUUUGGACCUUACUUGGAGGGAUAUUAUGACACGACUCAUGAUUAUAGAGCAAUGUGGUGGGAAUAUUGGCGUGGCGAUCUUUACUCGCUAAAAUCUGUGCAAAUGAUGAUAAGGCCAAAGUGUUCUUGCUAAAAAAAAACAA